AGACUAUGGUUUUGCUGGUUAAUUGUGGCUUCAAGAUAUUUAUUUAGCUGUUUUCUUAUUAUUUGCAAUAAUUAUUGAAUGAAAAAAGAAAAGCUGCAACUUCUCCUGGUAAAUGUAUUGAUUUUUGAGAUAGAAAAGGCAAAUAGCUCUGAAAUUGAAGCUGGAGAAACAGAGAUGAUCAGUUUGUGAAACAGAGGACCUGGCAGUAUUAAGAGCUGCUGCUGAAUAGGCUGGACAAAUGGCGUUUUUUAGAAACCUUCAGCAAAAUCUGAGCCUUCCCUCUGUGUCUUCCCUGGUGGACACGCUCAGCAGUGCUGUGGAUGACCUGGCCAGUGUUGUUGGUGAGGUUGGCUACUCUGUAGCUGACUCAGUGACAGAGCAAGUAACCAGCAUGAUCCAUGGCCUGCGGGCAGAAGAUGAGAGCUCCAAAACGCAGAGUGAUAAACCUGUGGAAGGCAGAGAGGAGCACACACCCUCAUUAACUCAUUCUCAGGAAAUUAAUACGAAAACGAAGAGAGGUGCUGCAGAAUACAAAGAGACUCAUAAUUCUAAUUCGUUAGAUUUUGUAAAGAAAGGUACAAGUCAAGUUGGAGUAUCUGACCAUGUCUUGAACAAAAAUCAGUGUCACUUAAGAGGCACAGAUCAUAAUAAUCCUCUCAGUGAUACAGAAGUACCUCAGGAUUUGAAGACUGUAGGAGGACCUUUUAAAAGGGAAGUAGUAGGGGGAAAUGAGUGUUUUGUAAAUGAUAAAUUCUUGAAGGAUAGUAACCUGAAAAGUAAAAAACUUACAGUGGAGCAAUCUAUUGAGGAGCAAGAUAAUUGUUUAUAUGCAGUAUCAGAUAAUUCUAAGAAUCGCAAGCAUAAAAAAAUCAAACCACAGUCACCUGGAGCUGAUUUUGAAGAUUCUGAUAAAGUGCACAGUAUGAAUGUUCCCCAAGAUUUAGAAACAAAGUUUGUUGAAGUACAGAAGGAGAAAUUAUCAGAUUCCAGCUUGAAGAAGAUGGACAAUGACCAUAGUUGCCUUAAUGAAAUCAAAGAAGAGAAAUCUGAAGCCUUCUUUGACAGGAAAAGAAAGCCCAUCUCAAAGGAUGAAGGCAAUGUGUCAACUACAAUUGUGAAUGAGGGUAAAAGGAAAAACUCAAAGAAAUUAGAAAGAGAGCUAUGUAAUAAGAAGACAGCAGGAAAAGACAAUUCUUAUAUGAGUAAAGACCAGCAUGGUUCAUCAUCUGAGAGUGAAGAUGAAGCACUUGGUAAAUAUCAUGAGGCCUUGUCUAGAACCCAGAGUUCCAGGCUGCCAGUGGUGGAUGGCAGACAGCAAAAAAACUAUAUAUGGGAAACCAGACAAAAAUAUAGUCCCCUGUCUGCAGAAUAUGAUGGAUACAGUAGUGAAGCCUCAAUAGAUGAAGCAAACUGCAUUCAGAGGAUGAGAAGAACACCUCCGCUGGAUGAACUACAGCCGCCUCCGUACCAGGAUGACAGUGGCUCUCCUCAUCUUUCCUGUACGCCUUCCGAAGUCGGAGACAGCAAAUGUGAAUAUUCCCAGUGUAGCAACAGCCCAAGAUGUUCAUAUAAGUGCCCAAGUGAGGGAAGCACAGGACAUGAAAUAGAAAGCUUUCAUAACAAAGGAUAUGAAGAGGAUGUUCCAAGCGAUAGCACAGCAGUUCUGAGUCCAGAGGAUAUGUCAGCUCGAGGAUCAUCUUCACAGCUUCCUAAACCUUUUGAUCCUGAGCCAGUAGCUAAAUAUGGCACACUGGAUGUGACUUUUGACUAUGACUCACAGGAACAGAAGCUUUUGGUGACAGUGACAGCUGUCACAGACAUUCCAACAUACAGCAGGACAGGUGGAAGCUCGUGGCAAGUACACCUAGUUCUUCUCCCUAUAAAGAAGCAGAGAGCAAAAACCAGCAUCCAGCGGGGACCGUGCCCUGUCUUCACAGAGACAUUCAAAUUUAAUCACGUCGAGUCUGAGAUGAUUGGGAAUUAUGCAGUUCGCUUUCGACUGUACAGCGUACGGCGUAUGAAAAAGGAGAGGAUUGUGGGAGAAAAGAUUUUUUACUUGACAAAAUUGAAUCUUCAAGGGAAGAUGUCAGUGCCAGUGAUACUGGAACCUUCUUACAGUCUGCCUGGUUGUGACUCUCAAAUGAGCAUGUCAGAAGUGUCCUGCAGUGAAAGUACCUCCUCUUGUCAGUCUCUGGUACAUGGCUCAGCUCCAGAAAUCCUCGUUGGCCUCCUUUAUAAUGCUACAACUGGAAGAUUAUCAGCAGAAGUGAUAAAAGGCAGCCACUUCAAAAACUUGGCAGCGAACAGACCACCCAACGGACUGUUCUGUUGUCUAAAACACUUGAUAGGUGGACAGGUUUAUAUAAUCCGAGAUACAUAUGUUAAGUUAACACUGCUGAACUCGAUGGGGCAGGAGAUGUCCAAAUGCAAGACUUCGAUCCGCCGAGGGCAGCCGAACCCUGUGUACAAGGAAACCUUCGUUUUCCAGGUGGCGCUGUUCCAGCUCUCGGACGUGACGCUCAUACUGUCCGUGUACAACAAGCGCAGCAUGAAGCGGAAAGAGAUGAUAGGCUGGAUUUCCUUAGGUCUCAACAGCUCAGGAGAAGACGAACUCAACCACUGGACUGAAAUGAAGGAGUCUAAAGGACAGCAAGUCUGUAGAUGGCAUACUUUACUGGAAUCCUAAUGGGUAGCAGAAAGUGCAGCUGUGGUUCUAAGGGAGCUUGUUCUCCCAGGAGGAUGAUCAUCCCUGGUCGCAAUCAGCAGAUUCGUCGUGGGAGUGAAAAAUGGAAACUGCGGUCAACAUUCCAUCGUACAGGAUGCACAACCUGCAAAAUGGUGGGAUUUAAUACAGAAUCUUCACUUGGUGUCAUGAACUUCCUUGGUGUCAGAGGAUCCUUGCUGUACACAGAUACGAUAGCGGUCCCUUCCCCAUCCACCUGAUGCUGUAUUUGUUUGGGUUUGUUUUGUGAUUUUCAAUUCAGAAACAUUUUGUGCGAGGUUCUUCAAAUUAAUGUAAGCUCCUCCUUGUGUACCUUUUGUAUUGCUUUAAUACUGUAGCUUCUGACCUGCCUGCAUUCAGAUUAAAGGUCAAUAGUUUGCACUUUCAGAAAAAGUUAAUGGUCUGUAAAGCAAAAGCAAAAAAAAAAAAGGAAAACCACUGGUGAAAGAACACUUCAUAAUAUAGCAAAUAGAAAUAUACUGUUGUUUUGCACUGAGUUUCUUUCCAGGAGCUUGGUAAAGUAAGUUUUCAUUUUUUGAUAUGCAGUUGGUUUGAAAAAUACUGGCAUUUGGGCAUCAGGUGAACUCUGACAUCAAACUAAUGUUUCUUCAAUCUGUGACAGGAACAAGCUCUAUAUAUGGCAAAAAAUUGGGUUUUUCCCUCUUGCCUGUACUUCUGCCUAAUCCAAAGAGACCAGACCAUUCGUUUGGUCCCUUCCAAAACUCCUUAGACAGGUUGUACUGUAAAACUAUGUAACUUUCUGUUGAAAGCACUUCCUCUAUUCAUGUAUUCCAAUGUAGGAAGCUCAUAGAGCACGACUUUACUAAAAUGUAUUUUCAUUAAACAAAUUGAUACCGGUUUAUUUAAAAUGUCAGCAGUUGGAAGUUAGGUUGAAAGACUGUGAAGGAAGUAGCAGCAGUUGAACUACUCUGAAUGAAUGCAAAAUACUAUGGCUUUGCUUGAAACAGGUAUCCAAUCAAGUCUCUAGUGAGCUGUUUUAGGCAUUACCAUAUGCUGUUUGUUGGAAGUAGAGAGCAGACCAGGGGUUUUUACCUUUCUUCUUGAAGAAGAGAACAUCAGUAAGUUAUUUUUCUAGAGAUUUGCCAGCAAUUGCACGAAUGUUCACACACAAAAUAGAAGUUUGCUUUGCUUAUGUUCAGGUUGGGAUACAGCUUUCUAAUCAUGCAGUUGAGAAGCUGCAGUAUCACCAGAUAAACACUCCUGGCAUCCACCAAAAUUGGGGAAAUAAGUGCUUCUGAGGUUCCUAUUUGUCCCAAAGCCUUUAGGUGGACUCACACUAAUUUAUUGACUGCUGAAUUUGUUUGUAAUUACAAGUUUUGUUUAAUUUUAAUUGUUCCUGUAAAGAAAACAAGCAAUUUUUUUUUUCUUAUAAAUGAUGGUAAUGUCUUACUAAUAUGAGACCUCACUGACUGUUGUAGCACUUGGUAAGUAGAAGAGUAAAGUGUUGGAUUAUGUUGAGACAAUUAGUGUUAGUCUCAAGUGUUCUCAUUAGGACAGAUGUGUUCCCCUUGAAUUCCUUUAUAAUACCUUUGAACAGUCCUGGCUUUGGGGUAUACAGAGAGUCAAGUACAGUGAGACUGGGGAUAGUGUGUAUGCUAUAAUAAAGACAUUUCACAUGGUUUUCAAAUUCUCACACUAUUUAACAAUUUCAUUAAGUCCUUUUUAAAGGAUUUUGUAAUUCUACAUCUUGGUUUAUUUGGUGUCAUUAGAAUGAUUUAUUUGCAGAGCCAGGCUUUCAGUUUUUGUUGAUUUAAAGACUUAAACAUUAUUACAGAUCUUUGGUUUUUGGGUUUUUUCCACCUGAUAUUGCACUGCUGCUUCAUUUACAGAAGCUUUUUUACUAAAUACAAAUAAUGCAAAAACUUUCUUUAAACAGGAAUGGUCUUGCAGUAAUACAAUGCAGGUUGUCUCUCUCCUUCACUUUUGUUAGUCCAGUUUAAGAAAUGUAAUGUUGAGUGUAGAAUUUAAUACAAAAUCAGCAUUAAUUUAAUAUGCAUAAGGAAAAUGCUCCAAUUUUCACAAUCUUUGCAGCUUUCCGUAUAAUAGAAGCAAUGACAUAGAAGCUGUUGUGAAGCAGUUUUUUGUUGGAUGUGGAAGUGGUUUUAUCUAUUCUGUUUGUGGAUAUUUAGAUGCUCUUUCCUAAAACUGAAAAUUGUCUCUUGAUGGUUGUCUCUUUGUACAGGUUUGUUAUUUAAAAUGUACAAUAUUGAACAGCAAGAACUGAGUCAGGUAAUUCCAGUGGAGAACAUAGUUAACAUCAUCACUGAACAAAUGAAGAAGUCAGUUUGGAAGGUGCAGCAAAUAACCUCCUACAGAACCAAACUAAACGAAACAGUGUCACGAUGUGGGUUUCUGUUUGUAGGUUGCGUUGCUUCAGCUUUGCAUUUCACCAUUUAGAUUUCCAAGGCACUGAAAUCUUAAUUUAGACACAACAGAGAUAUAUGAUACUCUGUGUUGGGCUCAUUUGGGAAGAGGAAUCUCCCUCUAGGACUUUUCCUAAAGUAUUCGGGACCAGUCUGUGCUUCAGAGAAGAAGGAUUGGUUUAUUUGGAUUUAUACUGUACAGAGGCUAGAAACUGAAUGUUUAAAGAAUGGAAAUUAAUGUUUAAUUUUGACACCGUAGAACAUGGAUUUGCUGUGCAAAACCAGUCACACCAGUAAUUGGAUUCACCUUGGGAUUUUGUGAGUUAAUUGUAGUUCCAAUAGCUGUCAUGUUAGUUUUUUCUUCCUAGAACCUAUUCUUAUGAUGUGAUUUGUUUGUAAUUUUGUUUUUCAUUGCUUAUGCAAACCUACACCUUUGUAUUUGAAAUCUGCCUUCAUCUGUUGUGGGUUUUUUAAACCCUACAUAAGGGCUUGCUCACACAGUGUGGUUUUGUGCAUUCAGUUAGGUCUUAAGCAUGGAACAGAAUUGCUGAAGAGCAAAAGUAUCAGUAACAAAUGAGAGGCACUUAUAUUUUCCCCAGAGUUGGCUGUGUUUUCUUCAUAGCUUUUUGUUGUUUGCCUUUGUUCAAAAGUACAGUAAGUACUUGAAAAAAAUGUAUCAAGUUUUACUUUUCUGUGUGUCAGCAAACCAUGUAGAAAUUGCAGAUCUUGAACUGAAUCUGUUUCCUGUCAGUGUAGCCUUAAAUAAUUGUAGAACAGUGACGUUUGUACAGAUUCUCUUCUUGGAAGUAUUGUAUCCUUUCUGUACAUAACCUGUUUGGUUUAGUGCUUAGAACAUUUCACAUAGGUCAUCCUAAAGUAUUAUAAAUGUGAAAGAGUUGGUCAGUUCCUUUCUGUUAAGGGCAAGGCUGUGAAGGGCAGGACAGGCAAGCGUGGAACCACUGCACCGAAGGAGAGAGGCUGUGCAGCGCCUGCAGGACAUCGCUGUCUCACAUCCUGUGGAGCAGGAAGGCAGCAGAGCCAUCCUGCUGCUCCUGUUCAGCCAGGGGGCACAGGGAACCAGGGGAGCACUGGAAGGAUGCAAAGCUUGGUCCCUGUGCUGCUGCCUCACGCUCAGGAUGUGAGAUGUCCACGCUGCAGCUGCAUGGUGAGGUCUGACUGCAAAGGCAGAAGCAAGGCAAGGUGUAAGCUCUACUACAGGACAAAUAUGAUACAAGUUCUAAAUGAAAUGGAAGUCCACUAAACUCAUUAAUAGUUAGAUCUGGAAAUUUGGGGAGCCCUUGGAAUGAACAUGUGUGCUUUUCUGGGAGCUAAACAUUGUUAUCAAUUUAGAAAAUACUUGAGCUGAAAACAAGAUUUUAUGGCAUUUACUGUUGGAAAUAUUUUUACCUGUAAAUUUCUGCAAUGAAUUUUGAUGGCAGAUGCAGUGUCAGCAUCACCUUCCCAUUUUCACACCUUUGGAGAAGUUCUUUUUUUGUCUAAAAUUUGUGUUUGUGUUCUUGAUUUAUUCUCUUUUCUCCCCAAUGGCUCACUCCUGCAAACUCCCCAUGGCCAUGAAAAGCUGCCUGUGGCAGUCACAGGGCCUUAGAGAUCAGGGACACUCUGUACUUUACGGUACUGGUGCAAAAUUUUUGUCACCUUUCUAACUCACAGUGAUUUCUGAAAUGCAAACCAUCAGUUUUAAUAUAGCGAAAUAGAAAAAGAAACUUUCUUCAAGGGAGACAUUUUCAGGUAGGAAUUGAGUACAGAUCACUCUUACACAUCCCAAUUCUAACAAAAAGAGUGGGGUAAGAUCAGGGAAUGAGGUUUGAGGGCAGGCCUUUUGGCCUGAGCUGUUCCAGCUUGAAAGUAACAACAGAAUGCCCUUUCAUUGAAUUUAGAGUUCUAGUGAGUCCUCUACACUUCUGGAGGAAAAAAAGCUGUCCUGUUAAUAGCAGUCCUUCAAAUCCUGGUUUGUCACUUGCUUGUAAGGCAGACUGACUUCUUUCUGAAGCUGAAUUCUCAAUAAAAGGUAAACAUUCUUUUAAUUUUCCCACUGAUGUGCAUGCCUGCCUGCCAUUAAUGUUAGUGAGAGGAGCCCACAGGCUUCAAGAGGAGAGCAGACCUGACCCUGAAGGUGUGAAGAGCAAUGGGAUUGGUAGGUUAGAGGGGUGGAACGGCCUGGCACCUGCAACACAGACAAAUAUGAUUUCAAUAUGAAUGGAGGCAAAAAAACAAACAUCCAGAUACUGUCACAAACUUGUUAUUUAAUCAUUAUCACUUAUUUUUGUUUCUUCUUUUCCUUGGCUUUUGAAAUAUUUUUAAAACUUAUUAUUAAAAAUGUUAAAGCAGUCCCUAAACAUGUUGAUCACUUUAACUGGAACAUUCAGCAAUGUUUAUUGUUAGAAGGAGCCACCAAGAAUGUUCUGGGUUUUUUGUCUCUAACUCAACUGCUAGAUUUUGUAGUACAUCACAACUGGAUUUCAGACUACUUUGUUCUGAUGGUAGUCCUUGAGAGAAGAGUCACAGGAGCAUUUCCUUGUCAGUGAAUCACCAACACCCAUUGAAGAGAUGUCAUCUGAGAGCAAGAGCAUUGAAAUAAGAGAUGGCUUUUUACAGUAGCAGCAACAGUGACUCAUAUUCCUCUCUGGAACCCUGUGGCCCUUGGAGGGCCCUGCUCAGACAAACUGUGACAUGUGAGUUGUGGAGUUCAUGCAUCCAGAGCAGUGCUGGUCUCUGUGGACAUUGUGUGGCUUCUAAACCAGUGUAUUGUACAGCGGGUAGAUGGGUUUUUAUUUGCCUUGGGUGAGUAGGGCAAGUGCCAACUGUCCUACAGUGACAUGGAUUAGUUUAGCCUUAAGAAUUUAUCACUGCCCCUCCUUAAAUUCAAGCAGGCUUUCUUCCUUUCUGCAGACUAUGCAGAAAUCUUAUGCACGAGUAUCUGCUUAUAUUAUGUCUACCUGAAUAUGGCACAAUUAUUAGUGCUGGCAAGCUUAGUUCCUAUGUGGUGUGACUGAAGUAAUGGAUGGGCCUGGUACAUGCUGCAUCAGGUUUUGCUGGAUCAAGUUUUGCUGUUCAGGCUUAUGCUGGGUUGAUCUAGAUACAUGGUCCUAAUGCUGAGGAGUGGGCCAGGAGUCAGCAAAGUGGGUGGUACUGUUCCUGUAGGAAUGAUCAGGAGACAGCUCUGCCCAGACAAGGGCAAAGCUGGCUUAUAGCAAGAAGGAUUAAUUCAUUUCCUUGGAAGCAUCUACUGGUCGAGCUGGCAUAAAGGCCCUACUCAGGAGAGAAGAAACAGUAAUACCAUACCACUGAAGGAAUACCUCAUGGACAUUCAGGGAUGUAAUUAAUGUCAUCCUUUUCUCUCUUGUAUUCAGAACAAGAGUCUUGCCCAUUGUAUCGAUAUAAUUUUUUUUCUGUGUUUUGCAAACCCUGUGGACACUGACUGCAUGCUGAGGAUUGCUUUUUAACUUUUGGUUUAUUUCCAAAGCGUGAAUUUGAAUGAAUUUGCAGAAUUAGCUAGAAGCAUUAUCAUAGCUUUGAGAUGUAAUCUCUAGGCCAUAGUACAAGCAAGGAGCAGGGCUUUGAACCAGUUUUGAUUGUCAAUUUUGUAAAUGGCUUAUUAUGACAUUUUAAGAAAAUUUCUAAGCAGUUGAAUGUAUUAGGGAAUAUUUACAAAAAAGGAGAUAGAGCAAUGAUCUUUUUUUACUAUACAGCUAGUUUGCUGUUCUUUCCAGUAAACCACAAGGUUCAUUAGUGCUCAGUACUGUUUCGUUUAUGAUAAAUGUUUUUAAUGUGAUUUUCAUGACAAAGUGUAAUUAGUGAAACCUUUUAUUCAAUUUUUCCCUUUAUUUGCUUUUUUUAAGGAGACAUUUCUCCUUAUAUAGUAUAUAUACUUUCUUACAGAGCUUUCUUACCUAUUUUUAUAUAAGAUGAUUUAACAAUGUAAAAUUAAAUGCUCUAUGAGCAAGCUAUAUCACUGUUAACGCAAUCAAAAGUGCUAAUAUCAUGACUAAGGGCCUGAACCUUCUGCCUUUUACUCAGGUCCUGGUUUAACCAGAUGUCUUUCAUGCUGUGUAGGACUUUUCCCUGUAAGCACUUCCAUCCAUUCCUGGGGAUGUCUCAGAGAAAGGCACUAUUAACAUGAAUAACAGUGGUAAAACUGAGCCUCCUCUCCAUUCUUAGUGGAACAUCUGCCAUGAGUAAAGGCUGCUGGCUCUGUCCCAAAAUAUAGUUUUAGAUUAUAGUUCCCUUGAUCUUCAGUGAUUUUGAACUUGUCUUUCUGGUGACUAUAAGCUAAUAACUGAUCUUAGUGAAUACAAAUAUUGAAUUGUGCUGUUACCAGCAAGAUUAUUAAAAUGUGUUUCACAUUUUAAUUCAUUCUUUCAUUUGGAUAUAAGGAGUUGGAUUUGUGAAGCAUUAUAUUGCAUAGAGAUAGCACACAUUCACCACAUUUCUAAAAGGUAUGAAAUAUACAGUAUGUAGCAUUUUCUUGCAUACUUUUAUACUGCCUGUAUGCCACCGAUGCACUCGGUGCCUUCCUUCUUUUGUAUGAAACUUAAUAUGUAGACAAACUGAAGUUAUGGUGUGUAAGCAAUGUCACUGCAACCGAAGAGAUGUCUUAAACUGAUUAUUCCUAGUCCAGGAGGUUUCAAAGGGCAGUUCGGUUUAACACAAUGCAUUUCUUUGAAUUUGAAGUUUUCCCCUUUCCUUCCUCUCCCUCACCCCACCCCCCAUCCAAAAAACUUUGUCAUAUGGCUGUUUAUUCUUAAUUGAUUCCUGUGUCUGAUGUAACGUGGUGUUAACCAAAGAACCAAGCCUGUUUCUAAUUUUUGGACAAAUAAUGUUUGAACUUGCUAUUAGUUAAAGACAAAAAUGAUAUCUGGUCUGUUAACAAAUAUAAAAUAGGCUUCUGUAAAUGUGACUCCCAGCUGGCAAUUCCAAAUACCUCUUUUCUGACUGGAUGUGCAUUGUUAUAUCAGUAGCAAAGUGUUUGGAUUGUGUUUCUUGGUGCAUUUUAAUCAAAAUCCUAUCACAAACAAAAAUAUCAGUCAGUAAGUGCUGUCAGAUUAGCUUGGUUUACCAUGUUCUACCUAUAUCUGAAGUGUGCUGCUUUAGGAAUAGAUUUGGCUUUCCUGUGUCUGAAGUCCUGAUGUUGUACAAUAAUUAUCUGGCGUAUGCUGGUCUCACAGGAACGGACUGAUGCUGCAUCAUAUGUACCUUUCCUACCAGUGUCCCUUCAUUGUACAACUUCUGUAAUAUAACACGGUUUUCAACUACUGUUUCAACCUGAAAUUCCUUAAAUUUCAAUGCAUGUCUAGCCUUAAACAUCUAAGACACCAAGCACAGUUUUAAUGGGAAUAAGUUAUAUUUGCAAGUCCUGUUUGUCUCAGAAGUCAUAGAAUUAUUUUUAUAUAUCACUCAAAGAUUGUAGAAAGUAGGUACAUUGCAGUUGUGUUAUCAACCAUGAUCCUAAUUAUAUGCACAACAAAAGGCAUUUUUGCUAAAUGUUUUAGAGGUGAAGUAUCAGUGCUUAUUUCCUUUCUUGAAUUUGUAUUUGUUUUCAUACUUUCAUUUCUGUACAGAACCUUGGUGCCCUUAACUAAAGCCUGUGACUGAAUUCACACAGAUUUUCAGUAUUCCUUGAGCUGCUUUUCUUUUUUGUUUCUUUUUUAAAUUGAAUAAGCAGUAAUUAAAAUUCCUCUAAAAAAUCCUUUUUUUUUUUUUUUUUUUUUUUUUACAUUUUGACAGUAACAUAAUUAGAGCAAAUGACUGUUUGCAGCUGUUUAUGCAGCUUAUUGAAGCCUGAGAACUUUGUUUGAAACUGUCAUUAUAAUCCAGAUGAAGACAUACGUUUCAUGGCAUUUCAGUCCACAUCAGGUGAAAGCAGGAGCUCUGGCGAUGAAUGUGCAGAUCUGCACAUGGCGUGUCAGACUCUCAGUCCCCAGAGGGAUUUAUAAUUAAGUGUCACGUUGUAUCUACAGUAUCUCCAGUUGAGUGUUGUCAGAUACUUGUUGUUUUGGUUUAUUUCUUAUUACCUAGCAAAAAACUACUUUUAUCAUUUUUGUGCUACUGUAUAUUAAUCUUGAGGGUUUCCAGUGUGCAAGAUCAGUUUAAUGUUGUCAGUUCUCUUUCUGUAAAAAGCCUUGGACUUUCAGCUCACACAUCCCAUUGCUAUUCUGGGGAGAGCCAGAAUGCCACCAGCUGGUUUUAGUUGUAUUUACCUGUACAGCACAGGUAGCUUCAGUCCCAUGUUAGUUUGAUUGAAACAUGCUGUAGUAUAUUUUCAAACCUUGGAUCUGUCACAACGUUAAAAUAGUCAUUUUGCAUAUCUGAAACUUUGCAGCUGUAGAUUUGUAUUUUGUUUAUCUCUGUGAAAUGUAUUUUUGUCAGUUUGAGGACUUUGGAUAUUUCAAAGUAUUUUCUGUAUGUGAAAUCAGCUUUUUGCAUGUGAAUUUAAUUGCUGGAAAGUAUUUGAAAAAAAGGAAAAAUCACUUUUAAAACCUUUUGUUGUCACUUUCCUUUGGAUUUCAUUACCUCGUAAACAAAAACAGACUUCACUGUUCAGAAGAUAGCAAUGUUUGGUCAACCUUUGGAACCACUGUCUGCAUUAAAGAAAAAAUAUUUUUUAAUUUUGGCAAGGUAAUCCUAGCCCUCACACACAUUUUGGCUCUGUUUACAAAUUCCCUAAGUUUUCCCGGUUCCCUUUCUGUCCCCACAGUCUUUGUUGAUGUCAUGAACCUUCUGCUUAGAGAAUUUUAAAUUAACCAGUGUGACAAUGUUCUAACAAAUAUGAUGUGUAUACUGGCAAAUAAAGACACACUCAGGUGAUCAUCCUGUUUGACUUUA